GGAGCUUGCGCACUUGCAGCCGUGCCGUCCGUACGCUCGUCCUUGCAUCUCGCCCAUCAUUCGCGCCUCAGCUGCCUCAGCGGCAACGUGUUCUCUCGUCGUGAGACCGUCGCACGCCUCAAGCUGUCGAAAUGGAUGUGCAGAGCAAUUACUCCGACUUUUUUGAAGGAACUGAGAAAUUACUAGAGGUGUGGUUCAGCCGCAGCGACGGAAAAGAUGACAACUGCGACCUCCGCAGGAUUUCCAGGGAACACUGGGAGUCACUGCUGCAAGUGGUCAAGUGUGUGAUCAUCAGCUUUAAGAGGAAUGAACACCUCGACUCCUAUGUGCUCAGUGAAAGCAGCAUGUUUGUGUCCAAGAGGUGCUUCAUUCUCAAGACCUGUGGCUCGACCACCUUGCUGAAUGCAGUCCAGCCUUUGCUCUACAUCGUCCAAGAGCUGACUGGCUUCAAUGAAGUACUGGAUAUCUUCUACUCACGCAAGAACUUCAUGAGACCAGAACUGCAAAACAAGCCACACACCAGCUUUGAGGAUGAGGUUGAGGUUUUGGACAGCCUUUUCCAAGAUGGUGCAGCCUACUGUAUGGGCAGGAUAAACCACGACUGCUGGUACUUGUACACAUUGAACACUCCUCUGGGCUACCGUGGAUUUCAAGUGGCCGACCAGACCCUGGAGGUGAUCAUGCAGGACUUGGAUCAGAAGGUGAUGCGGAUCUUCACCCAGGAGGGCUCCUCCAGUGCCAGGGAUGCGACGCAGAAGUCGGGCAUUGACCAGCUCUACCCAACAGCCACCCUGGACGAGUAUCUGUUCACUCCAUGUGGAUACUCGGUCAAUGGUAUCCUCAAGGGGGGUUAUUACUUCACGAUCCACAUCACACCUGAGCCAGAUUACUCCUAUGUGAGCUUUGAGACCAAUGCUCCGCAGGACAACUACCAUGACUUGGUUACUACUCUGCUGAAGAUGUUUCUCCCAGGCAAGUUUGUGAUGACACUGUUCGCGAACAAGCUCUCUGUGGCUGCCAAAGGGAUGAAAGAGAGCUGCAACACAGAGUUCCACAACUACAACCGCAAGGAGCUGCAGGUGUGCCGCUUCAAUGCCUAUGACCUGACGUACGCGCUUUUUGCCAAGGCCCCUAGUUGAGGCCCAUUGAGCCGCCUUGUCUGGACAUGCCUCUGAACUGCCUAAUAUUGGCAGCCUGUCACCACAGCACAUGGGUGGUGACACCCUCUCCCAGCUGUGGUUGACCACGGGCGUUCCUCACCCAGAUUUUGGACGCCACAAUUCAAGGACAGGGCGGGCCUUGGACAGGCUCCUGCCUUUUUUUUUUCUCAGAUUUACUUUUUCAGUCAUUCCAUCUACGUGGCAUGGAUGUUCUUGCCCAGUCAUUCGUAGUUUUACCUGUGAUGCAGCGCAGAGCCACUUGUCACAAGUCCCCGUUGCGGGAGUUUUAAAAGAAGCUUUAGUGGCUUCCGUUUUUUUUUCUUUUCUUUACAUUUUAUUUACCUCUUUUUUUGGCGGGGUUUUUUCCCCAUUCACCAAAGAUAGCAGGCAGCGAAGGCGACAAUUGUGCGGCUGCAGUCAGCAUCAACGUCACAACAUGACGCACGUUUUGUGAACACCCGUGCAAGUAUUCUAGGGAUGCCACUGGUGCUCAUUGGACAGAUUAACUGUGGAAAACAUCAGACAAGUGCUUUUUGUGCCGUCACUUUAAAUGUUCUAGAAUUGGUCGGUGUGUUUCGUUGAGGUUUCUUAACGGAUUUUAAAUUGGCUACAUUGACGGGUCCGUCCACGCAGUGACAGCAUUCAGCAAGCUACUAACGAUGCAAACCAGUAGAGGAUGUUGACCACUGCGGAACUGUCUAAGCACCUCUUUUUUGUGAUAAAAUUGUCACAGCUGUUCCUUGGUGUCGCAUCUCGAUGCUGGCUGUGCCCACAUUCCUGCAGAGACUUCUCAAAAAAUCUUUGUUCCUAGCUUGUGUGUUUGUCUUCUCGAUGUGAGUGUUCUGAAUGCGAGGCAUGUCCAGACGAGGUGAUAAGGCAUUUUUGGGUAGCUUUGGGUUCUACUCGUUCUUAACGUGGUGUCUUCUAGUGAUAGUGCGUUGUGACCUGUACAUUCAUAACGCGUGGAUACCACUGUAACCUAAGUGUUCUCCAUGGUGCUUGU